AUGAGGCUGAUAAACGCCCACACAAAACGUUUCGAGGAGUUUUUGGGCGAGAUACCACCGUACGCUAUACUCUCGCAUACGUGGGACGCCUAUGAGAUUCCAUUCAAGGACUUUUACAGUCUACACGUGCACGAGGAGUAUCCUCAGGCUUCCCAGAAGAUCUACGACACUUGUGACCGCGCGCUUGAAGACGAGCUGGAUUACGUGUGGAUUGAUAGCUGUUGCAUCGACAAGAGUAGCUCAGCGGAACUUAGUGAGGCAAUUAACAGCAUGUACAGUUGGUAUUCGAAAGCGCAGGUCUGUUAUGCUUUUCUGAAUGAUUAUCUGGCAAGCGAUUGUCGAUGGUUUUCUAGGGGUUGGACCCUCCAGGAGAUGCUCGCCCCCCAGGACGUCCACUUCUACGACAAGACAUGGUCCUAUUUCGGCACUCGCAAAGAACUGGCCUCCACCUUAUCAAGCAUUACCGGUGUGCCUACCGAAGUUUUAGACGGUAGGAAAGAAGUAGAAGAGUUCUGUGUAGCACAGAAGAUGGCUUGGGCUGCCAAACGCCAAACGACCCGAGAAGAAGACACGGCGUAUUGUUUGUUUGGUCUCUUCCAGAUCAAUGCACCCCUGCUAUAUGGAGAAGGUGGUAUGUGCGCUUUCGAAAGACUUCAAGAGGAGAUCAUUAAGAAGACCAAUGAUUUGACAAUAUUGGCCUGGAUGAAUCCGGGACCUCGGAUGAAUGGCAUCACGAGUAUCAGAAGAGUUGAUAUACAUCGCUAUGAAUAUCAAGGGAGCAUUCCUCGGGCGAACCAUCACCCUAGCGGUCCCACUUGA